AUGUUAUCCUCCACAAUCGACGUAGGCAAGGGAACUUCGUAUGGAGCUUCUGGAGCCUCUUCCAUGGUGAUGCGGGGUGUGUUGCGAGAGAGAGACAAGCUGUUCACAAGACCUGGCGAAGAGGUUCGUAAGAAGGAUGGUCUCGUUGAAGAGAUUGUCAGAUCUGCGGCCGGAGGGAUCGGAGUCAUCUCGGAAGCACUGCAUCAUCGGAAAGAGAAGAAGGCAAAGGACUUGCAACAGAGCCAGGAACCUUCACACACACAGUUUCCUUCCGAAACAGUUCAAAGUCCACCGGGCGAGGCCGUACCUGAUUCUAAUAAGAUUGUGGACGAAAAAGCAACAACAGGAGAAGAAGAAGAGUCGCGAUCCCAGAAAGACCAAAAGGACUCAGGCAAUCUUGCCACGGCGUUCAUCAACCGGCACGCAUGCUUGCCUGGAAACCGUGCAGCAAAUGGAAGAGAGCUUCCUUUGCCGGUUAUUCUGCCGCAACGGCGCCCCGAGAAAAGAGCACGAGGAUUCCUCCGCGCCUACGCACCACUGCUCGCCGACGUGGGCAUCGAGGAAAAUACUUUCCUCGACUUCAUCGACACCUUCAACAAGGCUCUGGAGCCCAACCCCUGGAUCAACGCGCUCAACCUCGCAGGUUUCGCAGGGUCAGCGAUGCCGGAGCCGGCCUCGAUGCUCUUUGGCUUCGGGGUCGAAUACGCAACGGAAGCAGCCUUGGAGGGACAUAGCCGCUACAGCUCCAACGUCUUUCUGGACCGCGUCAAUUCCCAAUUCUUCAACCCGCGCGGACUCGUUUGCCUUGUCGUAACAUGGCAGCCAGACAUCAGCAACAAUCAGCUGAACGUCAACUUUGAGGGCGAGGUAUCUGCUUCCCGCCCCAAUCCUGGAGUUUCGGAGAGAAUUGGAGACAUUGCGGCGCAAAGAACAUCGGCAAAGGACGGCUGGCAAAGCAUGAAGGGCCAGAUGGCGGAGAUGAUGAAGAUGUCCAACGGCAACUUCAACUGGCCCGAGCCGGCCCCUCUGGUGUUCCCGGCUGCCAAAGAUCCCCUCACCGAGAGCGGAAGCGACGAUUGUGCCAAGAAGAAGAAUGCUCUUGACCGUAUGGAGAUCUGGAUGGAGGAUAUGUCGGACAAACGAGCCCAGGCCAAGUGGGCCGACGAGAACAGCGACAAGCCCGCAGCGAGCCUGAUGCCAAACCAUGAGUUUCGAUCUCGCUAUGCUGAUCCCAACCAUCCAGCCGCGAGUGGCGACUUGGUGGCUCUUAUUACCGGAGGUCGUUGGACAUACGUGGGCAAGAAGAAAGACAAGAAGUCAAAGAAGGACAGGAGAAGCAAGGAGGAAGAGGAGCAGAACAAUGGCGAGGGUUUGAAGCGUGUCGCGGACAGUGACAAUCCUGGAACAGACAAUGUCAGUAAGGUCUCCGACAGUGUCAAGGAGGAUGAGAGCUCUGGGGAAGAUGAAAGAGACGAGAGGUUGAAGAAGGAGCAGAAAGAAAAGAGGAAAGAGGAAGAGAAAAAGAUGAAGAAAGAAAAGAAGGAGAAAGAAAACAAGGAAAAAGAAAGGAAGGAAAUGGAAAAGAGGGAAAAGAGGGAAAGGGAAAAGAAUGAGAAAAAGGCCAAGAAGGGCAAUGAUGACAAAAAGUCGAAGCACGAGACGGACAAUAGCAAGCCUCACGAAGACCAUGAAGGUGACGGUUCCAAAGAAGAUGACGAUGAUAAAAGCUUCCAGAGAGACGAUAACAGCCAAGUAUCGACGAAGGAGGACAAAGACAAUGAGGCGUGGGAGCCUGACACAGACAGCGGCAAGCUGCAAAAAGACGAUGGUAGGAAGGCUAAGGACGAAAAGAAGGCACGGAAAGAAAAAGAGAAGGCUGAUAAAAUAGCCAAGAAGAAGAAGGCGAAGGAAGAAGACUGGCUUAGCAGCCUAUUCCAGAAGGAUGUACUCUACCUUGUGGUAAUCAACCUCCCUUCCGAGCAACAGGUGGCGGCAGCAACAGAAGCCCGUGUUAUGAGGAUUUGA